AUGUCCGCCCGCGGCGAAUCUCCUUUCAUCCCCUCCAUCAACGUCGAGGACGUCGACGCCGUCGAGGCCAAGAUCGAGGUCGACGUCGAUCUUGACCUUCCGGUCGACCAGCCGGACGUCAAACCCACGGUACCGCAGCUCAGGACCGGCGGAUCCUCCAUGCGAGGUACCGGUCCGGCCACCUACGCCGUGAUCGACUCUGGCGCUUCGUCCGACUCGGGUGACUCCGCUGCUUCGGGCAGCGAAUUUGAGGCGGAGGAUGAGGAGGAUGAGGAUGACACCCGCAGCUUGUCCGAGGCGGUCGAUGUCGAUGACAGCGCCGAUUCGGACUACACCGAGGAGGUCCCUCAGAAGCCCGGCAAGUCGGCUCGGCGACGUCAGCCACGCACUCCUCCUCCCGCCUCAAACGGCUCGGCGUCUCUUCUUACCCCUCCCUCCUCUGGCGACAAGCGAAAGCGCCCCACCCAGACCGCCCGCUCACCCGCUAAGAAGGCCCGGACCGGCCACACCGGGUCCUCCUUCGGUCCGGUCACUCAAGGACCCUUCUCCGCUCACGAGAACGCGGAGAUCCUCAACUACCGCCUGGAGAAUGGGUCAUCAGCCAGCUGGGCACCGUUGGCGAAGAGGCUGAACCGCAAGCCAGUCGUGAGUACCGCUCGCGCCAAACUCCGGGAUCGAGCUGAUCUGCGGGCAGGCGGUGUCGAUGAGAGCGAAGGUCCUCCUCAAGAAGGUACAGGAUCUGGUGUCUAG